GUCAGUAACGCAAUACUUCCUGCUAACGACAACAUGGGAAAGCUUAUCGGCAUAUUCCUAAUAGUAUUCGCUGUUUGCCAUCUUGGCUACAGUGAGCUGGACUGGUGGGAAAAUGGUAAUUUCUACCAAAUCUAUCCACGUUCCUUUAAGGACAGUAAUGGCGAUGGCAUUGGCGACUUAAAUGGUAUAAAAGAAAAAUUGGACUACGUCAAGGAUAUCGGUAUGCAAGGUGUUUGGCUGUCGCCUAUCUUCCAAUCCCCAAUGGCUGAUUUUGGCUAUGACAUCUCGGAUUAUACCAAAGUUCAGCCAGAAUACGGCACUUCCGAUGAUUUGCUAGCAUUAAUCGAAAAGGCGCACAGUAUCGGUUUGCAUCUCAUACUAGACUUUGUGCCCAAUCACACCAGCGACGAGCACGAAUGGUUCAAACGUUCCAUCGCCAAUGAUUCCUACUAUCGCGAUUUCUACAUUUGGCAUGAUGGAGUUAUUAAUGCCACAACUGGUGCACGUCAGCCUCCGAGCAAUUGGGUUUCCCAAUUCCGCUACUCCGCUUGGGAGUGGAAUGAUCAACGUCAACAGUAUUACUUGCAUCAGUUUGGCGUCAAACAGCCAGACCUAAACUAUCGCAAUCCAAAUGUUGUGGAGGAAAUGAAAAAUAUACUAAGGUUUUGGUUGGAGCGUGGCGUUGAUGGUUUUCGCAUUGAUGCUGUGCCCUUCCUCUUUGAAGCCGAUAUUGAUCCUGCAACUGGCACUUAUCCGGACGAACCAGUGAUUGCAGAUACCAGCUCUUGCCCCGAUCCGAAUGAUUGGUGUCAUUUGAAUCACAUAUACACCAAUUCUCUACCGGAGAUAUUCGAUAUAGUCUACCAAUGGCGUGAUGUUGUGGACCAAUGGAAACGCGAUUACGAUACCGACACUAAAGUGCUGCUCACAGAGGCCUACACUAGUUUUGAAAAUCUGAUGCGCAUGUAUGGAGAUGGUGUGCACAAUGGCUCUAAUAUCCCAUUCAACUUCGAAAUGAUGGCAGAAUUGAAUAAUCAAAGUAGUGCCGAGAAGUACGAUUACUAUGUACGCCACUGGCUAGAUAAUAUGCCACAAGGUGUCUAUGCCAAUUGGGUGCUGGGAAACCACGACAAUCCCAGAUUAGCUUCUCGAUUUGGAGCACAACGCGCUGACUUGAUGAACAUCUUUUUACAAACUCUACCAGGCAUUGCAGUCACUUACAACGGAGAAGAGUAUGGUUUGGAGGAUGGUUAUGUGUCUUGGGAGGACAGUGUUGAUCCACAAGCAUGCAACGCAGAUCCCAGCACUUACCUUAAAUACUCACGUGAUCCUGAGCGCACGCCCUUCCUUUGGGAUAAUUCGAAAAAUGCCGGUUUCAGCACAGCUGAUCAUACUUGGUUGCCAGUAGGUCAGUCAUAUGAGAACAACAAUAUUGACGCACAGUUGGCAGCUGAAAAUAGCCAUUUAAAAAUCUUCAAACAACUAACAGCAUUAAGGAAAUCUGAGCCAGCUUUCAGCAGUGGUGAUUAUGAAUCAGUUGUCGUGAACAAUGUUUUGUUGUAUAAGAGGAGCGCUGACACAGGUAAUACUUAUCUUAUGAUCCUGAAUAUUGGCGAUCAAGAUGAGGUAUUGAAUCUAAACGGCUUAUUUGACGAUUUAAGCGGUACGCCUGAGGUCGUCCUCAGUUCAUUGUAUUCAGGCCGAAUAAAUGGUGAAAUUGUGGAUGCCGAUUCAUUUGCGACAAAAGCUUAUAAUGGCUACGUUUUGCGUUGGACCGACUAGGCUUAGCUAGCAGUCCCAACUUAGAGCGUCAAUAAAAUUUUCUUGUGGAAGCAAAUGUAAAGCUUCUUUAAAUUGAAUAUUUGACAGUUGUAUAUAAAAUAAAUUGCAUUCCGAGAAAA